UGGGUGUGCGUGCGUGUGUGGAAGCGUACGAAGAGUGUUUUUGGUUUUCUCCGGGCUGUAUUUUUCACUCCUGUCCGCCCACAGCACCAAACUGUCCUUUCCAAAAACAAACAGAACUGAGGCACUUUCACUCAGAUCAUGUUUUAAUUGCUUAACAGCGAAGCUCCGGUCCGGUUACGUUCGGUUCGGCAGCGGCUCGGGGCGGGUUCGAUGCUGCUGGACUCGCGCUGAGGAAGGUGAGGGCGGAAAUGGCGGUCUGUCUUCAUUAAUAUCUGCCUUUUGGUGUUGGGACACUUAUAAACUCAAGAGAAGACAGAAGAUGUUGAGAAAAUGAUAGCAGCUCAGGAGCUUCAAGCAGACUUCCACCAGGAAGGACACUUCCAGUUUUCCGACACCGAUCUUGAGGAUCCCGAGAGUCGGAAUGCCAAACCUACAAAAGGAAAGAAGGGGAAGAAAAACCCUAAAGAAAAGACGAAGGGGUCAGAGGGAAGAGGUCAGGGUCGGGUAAAUGGCCACCAUCAGGAGAACGGCAUGGAGAAUCUCAGUUUGUUUGAGAUUGUCAAAAUAGGCAGGAGUGCCACACAGUCUGUAGUCGAUGACUGGAUCGAGGCCUAUAAGACGGACAGAGACACGGCACUGCUGGAACUCAUCAACUUCUUCAUCCACUGCUCUGGCUGUAAAGGUGCGGUGAGCUCAGAAAUGUUUCGGCAUCUGCAAAAUUCCGAGAUCAUCAGGAAAAUGACUGAGGAGUUUGAUGAGGACAGUGGGGAUUACCCGCUGGCGAUGGCAGGUCCAAUGUGGAAGAAGUUUAAGCAGAGCUUGUGCGAGUUCAUUAUGGUUUUGGUCCGACAAUGCCAGUACAGCAUUAUAUAUGAUGAAUACAUGAUGGACACAAUCAUUUCCCUUCUCACCGGCCUGUCGGACUCGCAGGUCAGAGCGUUCAGACACACCAGCACCCUUGCAGCUAUGAAACUCAUGACUGCUUUAGUGAAUGUUGCCCUUAAUUUGAGCAUCAACAUGGACAACACGCAGAGACAAUACGAGACAGAACGCAACAAGAGCAUUGGCAAAAGAGCCAACGAUCGCCUUGAGCUUCUGUUGCAGAAACGGAAAGAGCUCCAGGAGAACCAGGAUGAGAUCGAGAACAUGAUGAAUGCCAUUUUUAAAGGUGUCUUCAUCCACAGAUACAGGGAUGUAAUAGCUGAGAUCAGGGUAGUCUGCAUUGAAGAGAUUGGUAUGUGGAUGAAGAUGUACAGUGAUGCAUUUCUCAACGACAGUUACCUGAAAUAUGUGGGCUGGACAAUGUAUGAUAAGCAAGGUGAGGUUCGCCUGAAGUGUCUUACAGCUCUUCAGGGUUUGUAUUAUAGCAGAGAACUAAACGCCAGACUGGAACUCUUCACCAGCCGCUUCAAGGAUCGUAUCGUGUCCAUGACUCUGGAUAAGGAAUAUGAUGUUGCUGUUCAGGCCAUUAAGCUGCUGACGCUGGUUCUGCAGACUAGUGAUGAAGUUUUGACGGCUGAAGACUGUGAGAGUGUCUAUCAUCUGGUUUACUCCGCCCACCGACCGGUUGCUGUGGCAGCAGGGGAGUUCCUUUACAAAAAGUUAUUCAGUCAUCAUGGUUCAGAGGAUGAAGGGCGGCCCAGGAGAGGCAGACAGUGUUUAAACGCUAACCUCAUCAGAACAACUGUGUUGUUCUUUUUGGAGAGUGAGCUUCAUGAGCAUGGUGCCUACCUGGUGGACAGUUUGUGGGACUGCGCGUCAGAGCUUUUGAAGGACUGGGAGAGUAUGAUCAGCUUGCUGCUGGAUGAGCCAUAUCCUGGAGAAGAAGCACUCACGGAUGCUCAGGAAGUUGCUCUCGUUGAGAUCAUGCUCUGUGCUGUCAGACAGACCUGUGAGUGUCACCCGCCCAUCGGACGAGGCACUGGUAGAAGGGUUCUGACAGCUAAAGAGAAAAAAACCCAGCUGGAUGAUCGAACAAAGAUCACAGAAACGUUUGCUGUGGCUCUGCCUCUAUUACUGGCUAAAUAUUCGGUGGACCCAGAAAAGGUCACAAAUCUGUUGCAGUUCCCUCAGUAUUUUGAUUUAGAGAUCUAUACGACUGGCCGGCUCGAGAAGCAUCUGGAUGCUUUGCUGCGUCAGAUCCGUGACGUGGUGGAGAAGCACACAGAAACGGAUGUUUUGGAAGCUUGUUCUGUGACGUUCCACGCACUUUGCAACGAGGAAUUUACCAUCUAUAAUCGCGUAGAUAUCGUCCGCAGCCAGAUGCUUGAUGAACAGAUUGACAAGUUCAACCGCCUGCUGGAGGAUUUCCUGCAAGAGGGGGAGGAGCCUGAUGAAGAUGAUGCUUAUCAAGUUUUAUCAACACUCAAGAGAAUCACAGCCUUCCACAAUGCCCAUGACCUCACCAAAUGGGACCUUUUCACCAGCAACUACAAACUCUUGAACUCUGGUCUGCAAAACGGGGACAUGCCUGAACAGAUUGUGGUCCACGCACUUCAAUGCACUCAUUAUGUCAUUCUCUGGCACUUGGCGAAAGUCUCGGAGGGCAAUGCUAGUAAGGACGAUCUGCUGCUCUUGCGGAGACAGGUCAGAGCAUUCUGUCUGAUUUGUCAGAGUUACCUAAACAGCAUUAGCACUGCUGUGAAAGAACAGGCCUUCACCAUUCUGUGUGAUGCCCUCCUGAUCUUCAGUUAUCAGAUUGUGUCGUCGGGACGGGACGCUUUAGAGCCGCUGGUGUACAGUCCAGAUGCAUCCUUACAGAAUGAGGUUCUCAACUUUAUCCUUGAUCAUGUGUUUGUUGACCAGGAUGAGGACGGCAGUGCAGAUGAUGAAGCCGGUAAGAUCGAAGCGCUCCACAGACGCAGGAAUUUACUUGCUGCCUUUUGCAAACUAAUUAUCUACAAUGUGGUGGAGAUGAAGAUAGGAGCUGAUGUCUUCAAGCAGUAUAUGAGGUAUUAUAACGAUUACGGGGACAUCAUUAAGGAGACCAUGAGUAAGGCGCGUCAGAUAGACAAGAUUCAGUGUGCCAAGACUCUGAUCCUCAGCCUGCAGCAGCUGUUUAAUGAGAUGCUGAGUGAUCUAGGAUGCAACUUCGAUCGCUCCGCGUCUGCAUUCUGUGGGAUUAAAGAACUUGCCAGACGCUUCUCUCUCACGUUUGGACUUGAUCAGCUGAAAACCAGAGAGGCCAUCGCCAUGCUACAUAAGGAUGGAAUAGAGUUUGCCUUUAAAGAGCCGAGUCCGCAGGGAGAGGGCGGCCCUCCUCUCAACCUUGCGUUCCUUGACAUCCUCUGUGAGUUUUCCUCCAAACUACUGCGGCAGGACAAGAAGACUGUGCACCUGUAUCUGGAGCGGUUCAUGACAUUUCAAAUGGCCCUGCAGAGGGACGACUGCUGGUUGCCUCUCAUCUCAUACCGAAACUCUCUGCAGACGGGUGCCGAUGAUGACACGCUGUCUGUCAUCAGCGGCAUGAGCAGAAGCUCCGCCCGCAGUCGCAAGAGUAGAUCAACUACUGCCAGCAAGAGAAAACUGCCUGAAGAGGAGAGCAGCUGCAGCAGUAGUGAUGUGAGCGCCUGGGUAGGUCGCUUACAGGUGGCCCCACACACGCCUAUGAUGAUGUCAUCGCCACACAUCGUCUCCACUGUCCUACGGGAGCCUAAGAAGCCCCGCCCCGAGCAGGGGUACAUGGGUGUUUACAGCAUGAACAAUGAAACGCAGCAGCACCCUUUGCAGCAGCAGCAGGCUCUGCAGCAGCAGGCCUUGCAGCAGCAGCAGGCCCUGCAGCAGCCGCAGCAACACAUGGACUACAAUUCUCAGGUUGCUUGGAUGAUGGCCCAAAAACAGCAGCAGGACAGAGCAAACCUGCAUUAUGGGAAGAUGAGAGGGCACAUACAGCACACCAUUCGCCGUGGCAGUGGGUUAAUGGAGGAUGAUGAGGAACCAAUUGUUGAGGAUGUGAUGAUGUCAUCGGAGGAGAGACUGGAUGACCUUAAUGAAGGCAUGGACUUUGACACCAUGGACAUCGAUCUGCCACCAUCCAAAAAUCGCAGGGAGAGAUCAGAGCUGAAACCGGACUACUUUGACCCUUCCUCCAUCAUGGAUGAUUCGGUUCUUAAUGUUUCCAUGUUUUGAACCGGGAGGAUCAGAACCACAUUGACUUUUAAAUGGCGUUUUUCUCCUCUUCUGAUUUCACUCCAUGGACUCAGAGUGCACAUGACGAUGCUGUGUAUCUUACGCUUCUGAAAACACACCAUUGAUUUCCAUCUGUACAUAAAAGAGACAAAGAUUUAGAGCACGAGAUCAGACUUCUUAUGUAUUCAUGCUCAUUUUUUUAAUGGACGUUUAAAAUAGCUGUUUUUGUAACUCCUAGAGGAGUUUUGAUUUUUAGGCAAUUUUGUAAAGACAAUCAGUUGUAAAUUGACUUUAUAAUGUGUGAUUUAAAUCUAAAUUUAUAACUUUCCUUAAAAGGUUUAGACUUGCAGUGUCUCUGGCUGUUCAGUAUUUCUCUCCCUUUUUUUUAAUCUAUCUUUUUUGCUUCACUGAAGUAGGUUAAACCUUAUAUUGUGAUAAUAUUCCUCACUCCUAUUUUGUGUGAUGACUGAUUUUGUGUGUUUAAUUUUUUUAUUUGUUCGUUUCUAGUGGUCCUCAGUGCUCAAAGCAUUUUUGCUGAUUGGUUCAAACUUCAAAACCUGCCCCCUAGAUAAAUCAGUUAAAUUAAUGAUGUUAUAAGCUUGUCUUUUAAUUUCAGGUUUUAGAUUUAUUUCUGAAGGAGGGCAUCUUAUUUUCGGCAGAAUAUCUCUACUUAUUUUUUAAGAUUAGAGUUAGCUAUUAUAAUAUAUUGUUAUAUCUCAUUAAAAAAUAUAUAAUUAUAUAUAAAUAUAUAUUAAUUUGUUUUACACAACAUGUGUAAUGUAAUGUGAAUCGUUACUGAUUUUAUAUUUAACUUAAAGUCUUUACGUUUGGUAUCCAACCUACUGUUUCAUUUAAGCUACAUCUGUCCUGAGAGAAUCACUGAUUUAUUAACUUGCAAUUUGGAAAAGCUCCACUGUGAAACGAUUCUUUGAUCUUUACCCUUUGUGUAGUUCAUUGAAGUUUGGAUUCAGGUUGUGGGUUGUUUAGAGGGUUUGUGUAGUUGAAAUCAUGAACAGCUUAUUCGAAGUGACUGUAAUAAUGGUUAAAAAAAUCUUGAUAAAUGUUACCAUGAUGAUUAUAUGCCUGUUUAAAUGCAUUUCUUCAGGGAGCUUUUGUUUAGGGUUGGAAUGGAACAUGUCUUUAUAUGUUUUUCACACAUAUUUGAUAGUUUGCCACACUUCUACAAUGUCUUCUUAUUUCAGAAAGCAUCUGAGUGUAUGUAUUUUAAUGUAUCAGGCUGUACAUAAAUCUAAGAUGUUUUUAUUCUA